UUAAGCUCACAAAAUCAUUCAAAAUGGUCCUCCUCCACCUUGCAUCACCAUCCCCUGCACCAUUCAUCGUGCUCACCUCUCCGGACCGGUGGCUCCGACGGGAGCUCCCGACUGUUCAAUCUCCGAUCGACGGCUUGUCAUUUCCUCAGCGUAGAGGCGUGCGUGCCUGCGCCAUGCGCCGGUCGGCGAAUUAUAGGCCGAGUUUAUGGCACAACAAAUAUAUGCAGUCACUGACGAGCACUGAUAUUAUAGAGCGAGACGCAAAGAGAUUGGACGUGUUGAAGGAGGAAGUGGGGCGUAUGAUAGAUGAGGAAACAGUGGUUGUUGAUAAGCUUGAGCUCAUUGAUGCAUUGCAACAACUCGGGAUUGCUUAUCACGUUGAGAAGGAGAUAAAGCAUGCACUGGACUCUAUAUUUAGCAAAUUAGAUGACAUACGCAUGGAGACGAAGGGUAAUGCCUACAUAAUCGCACUCUUAUUCAGGCUUCUUAGAGGACACGGAUUUGGAGUUUCACAAGAUAUUUUUGAUCAGUUUAAAGAUGAGAAGGGCAGCUUCAAAUUCAACUUGAGCAAUCAAAUUAUAAGUUUGUUGAGUUUGUACGAGACUUCUUAUCUGGCAGUGGAAGGAGAAGAUACGCUGAAUGAGGCUCGCGACUUUACAAUUCGACACCUCAAUAAUUUCUUAUUAAAUUCAUUAGAUGAUAACUAUAAGUUAAGGGAUUACGUGGCUCGUGCAUUGGAGCAACCACUACACUGGCGCAUGGAGAGAUUGCACACGAGAUGGUUUAUCGACGCAUACGAGAAAGAAGAGGAGAUGAGGCCCCUUCUUCUCGAGUUCGCGAAGUUGGACUUCAAUGUGGUUCAAAACACGUACAAGAGAGAGCUCAAGGAAGUGUCAAGAUGGUGGUCCAAUCUGGGAUUAUGGGAGAAGCUUUCCUUCAGUAGAGAUAGAUUGGCGGAGAACUAUUUAUGGCCUGUUGGUUGGGCUUUUGAGCCGAAAAAUUCUACCUUCAGACUAGCACAAACAAAGGCUAACUGUCUCAUUACGGCAAUCGAUGAUAUCUACGACGUUUACGGCUCUCUCGAUGAGCUCGAGCUUUUCACUGAAGCAGUAGACAGAUGGGAUGCACUUGAUAUUAAACAAUUGCCCGAGUAUAUGAAGGUAUGCUUCUUAGCACUCUUCAACACAACAAAUAAUACAGCUUAUGAGACGAUGAGGGAGAAAGGCCUUAAUAUCCUUCCAUACCUAAAAAGAGCGUGGACGGAUCUAUGCAAAGCAUACUUGGUGGAAGCAAAAUGGUACAACAAAAACUACAUUCCAACACUGGAGGAGUACUUGCAAAAUGGAUGGUUAUCCAUAUCUGGCCAUGUUAUUCUAUCUUAUGCUUAUUGUCUUGUCCCCGAUCUCACUCAACAUGAUCUAGAUCUCUUCCAGAAUUAUCCAGAAAUCAUGCAGUGGUCAUCGAUGCUUCUCCGACUCUACAAUGAUCUCGGUACAUCCAAACCCGAGCACCAGCGAGGCGAUGUCGCGAAAUCCAUCCACUGCUGCAUGCACCACGAAGGGAUCACCGAGGCUGCAGCCCGUGAACGCAUAAAAGAACUGAUUUAUGACUGCUGGAAAAAAUUAAACGGAGCGCGCCAAAUGGACUCCACUUUCAAUGAAAACUUUGCAGACAUCGCCAUGAAUGUGCCGCGGGCAGCGCACAGCUUUUACUUUCAUGGAGAUGGGUAUGGAUCUCCAGAGGGAGAAACAAAAGAUAGGAUCAUCUCUUUGUUGAUCGAUCCCGUUCAAAUUUGAUGAGACGAGUCGUGUAAUAAUACCUACAUGCAUGGUUGAAGUCGCUGAGCACGGGUGUGUAUUUGAUGUGAUAGUUAAUUGGUGUAGGAAGUGGUGGCAUUUGAAAUUUUAUUUUGUUCACCAAAAUUAAUGAAGAAAGAUGAAUGCUUGUUUUUCUAAAUA